AUGUCUAUCUCAUAUUUGGUGUCUACAGCUGGUCAUGCACAACAACAAAACGAACUCAAUCCUCAUGACAUCAAAAGUAUCGUUCAGUUGGUAGAAGAUGGAGCAAAGGAAUUUGGACUAGAAAAGGUGGUCGGGUUCACUUCACAUUCAGCAGCGGAGGAGAAAUGGGAAUGUAACCUAUUUUCAUUUGAUGAGCUUUUAAACCAUUCUGGAACGCUAGCGAGGGGUUUUGUUCAGUGGGGAGUAUCGUUCCACGAAGAUGACACUCGCAUCGUAUCGCUGCUUUGCCCCACUGGCAUCGAGUUUUUGAUUUCUUGGAUCGCUUUGAUGAGAAUGGGUUACGGAGUCGUGUUCAUAGCCCCACAAUGUUCUCCUACCGCUAUUACACAUCUCUAUCAUUCAUCAUCGUCCACCAAGUUGAUCUACCACUCGAAAUACACUGAGCUGGCUAAAUCUGCUUGUGAUAUGGACUCCAGCAUCUCAGACAUACAGCUACCAUCUUCUUCCCAGACAUCGAUCAGCUCUCUGCGUUCGAAAAACCCCGCUCGAGAUCCCAACAGCAUCUCGCACGUGUUUCACACUUCCGGAACCAGCGGUACACCUAAGCCUAUUCCCAAUACGCACUUGGGAAGCGUGUCCGUUCUCCCACGGCGUGCUCUCCCUUCUUAUCUGUCCACCGACUCUAGUCCCAGUACCAGCUCCAUGCCAUCUGCGGAAUCAGCUGCUUUCACGACUACACCUCUUUUCCACGGCGGUGUUUCUGACCUGCUCCGUGCUUGGAUGGCCAGGAGUAUGAUAUACUUCUAUCCUACGUCAGACACACCUAUCACCUCGAAAAACGUCGCAGAAGCGGUGGAGGCUUGUCGAAGAACUCCAGAGACCCCAGACAUAACGCUGUCUGCUGUUCACCUGGAAGAGAGGAUGCAUCGAUUCAAGGUCACAUCUUUUCUAUCCGUCCCUUAUAUCCUUUCGACACUCGCAGAAGAUCUCGACGGUCCAGGCAUGAACAUGCUGAAACGUAUGGAUCUCGUCAGUACCGGAGGAGCCCCGUUGGACUCUAGAAUCGGAAAUAUGAUGGUCGGCCAAGGUGUGAGACUGGUGAGCAGACUAGGGAGCAGCGAGUGCGGUUUCCUUCUCAGUUCACACCGAAGAUAUGAAGUUGAGACAGAUUGGGAAUGGCUUCGGAACGAUUCUCAAUAUGCCCAUGCCCUUGUAUUCGAAGCUUCUUCGUCUGGUGUUUCCAGUGAUGGUCAGGACUUCGAGAUGAUCGUGACCAGAGAAUGGUCCAGUAAGACGAAGACCAAUCGUGAUGACGGGUCUUAUGCUACCGGCGAUUUGUAUCAGAAGCAUCCUACCAAAGCGGAUGUCUGGAGAUACGUUGGAAGAGGGGAUGAUGUCAUUGUACUCAGCAAUGGAGAGAAGGCCACACCCGGUCCGAUUGAAACUAUCCUCGGCUCCUCACCUUAUCUAACAGCCGCUCUCGUUGUUGGUGCGAAAAGAUCACAACUUUGGGGCUCUUCUUUUCCCGCGCCCAUCGUCAUAUCCCUAGACAUGUGUCUUAUUGUGAAAGAUCGCGAAAAAAUGUUACCUAAAAGUAGCAAAGGGACUGUCCAGCGAGGUUUGGCUUAUGACGUCUUUGGCGAUGAAAUCUACCAACUUUACAACGGCGACUAUGAGGGCUCAAUGGAGAAACGGAGUCUGUCGGAAAUUGCAAGGCUUAUCAAGGGUCUUAUCGAAGAUAUCGCUUCUUCCAAACUGAAGGCAGCGGCUCUUCACUCAACGACUGAUCUGUUCAAUUGGGGGGUGGAUUCACUUCUAGCCACAAGGGUUAGGUCCGCCUUGCAAAAGACUCUGAAUACUGGAAACGUUGUACUUCCUAAUAAUAUCGUGUUUGAGAGGCCUUCAAUAGAACUACUCUCACAAUACAUUUUUGAUUUGCAAGAGCACAAUCAAGUAGUGGAUCGCAGUGACGCAGAUGUUCAUAAGCAGAUGGAGCAGCUUGCCGAAACAUACGGAGUAUUCGACGUAACAAAGAAUGGUCAUGAAACUCACAGAAUUAUGAAGCAGCCAGGGCGGACUGUACUUCUUACGGGAGGGACAGGUUCCCUUGGUGCAUUCUUGAUUGACGCGCUCAGCAACAUCCCCACCAAUGCAGUUCGCAAAAUCAUAUGCCUUGUCCGUGCGGAUGACGAUGCUACAGCCAAGACGCGGAUUGACAGUACCAUGUUGGCGAGAAGCUUAGACUCUUCUAGUAAAUUGGAGGUCUACGCGUCAGAUCUAGCCGAAUGUAAAUUGGGGUUAUCUUCAGAUGUAUAUGACUAUUUAGCAGAGGAGGUCGAUGUUGUUAUUCAUGCCGCUUGGCCUGUCCAUUUUGCUAGCAGCCUGACUUCCUUCGAGGACAGUAUCAAGGGUACGCGUAAUCUACUGGAUAUCGUGGCUGGUACAGGGAGGCAACCGGUCAAGAUGUACUACUGCUCAUCCCUGGCGUCCGUUCUUGCCCAAAGUUCGACUUCGGUGAAAGAGCAGCCAUCAGAUGACCCAGCAACGGCUUCUGCUGUCGGCUAUUCGCAGUCCAAGUGGGUCACAGAGAAGAUAUGUCGCCUAGCAAACGAGAGCUUAAAGUUAAGGAAUCGAAUACGCGUAUUGCGCAUAGGUCAGUUAUGUGGGGACACCAAAACGGGUCACUGGAAUGAGAAAGAAGGUUGGCCUCUCAUGAUCCGCACUGCUCAAACGACUGGAUGCUUACCAGUUCUGUCCGAGGCUCCAUCCUGGUUACCUGUAGAUCUGGCGGCUAAAUCGGUAAUCGACAUUGUCAUGUCAGAUCGACAGGACACGACUUUUGUGUAUCAUGUAGCCCACCCAAGUACAAUAGAAUGGGUUGAUAUCCUUCGGCUCUUGGAAGCUUCCAAUCUGCCUUUUCAACGCGUGUCGCCUGAAACUUGGUUACAAAAGGUGGAGGAAACGUCGGACAACCUACAGGAUAACCCCAGUAAAGGAAUGUUGCAGAUGUGGAAAGCCGCUUAUGGUCAUGGUGCAGAGGCUGUGUCGCAAAGUGUGGUGGAUUGCACGAACGCUCUUGCGGCCUCUUAUACCAUGCAGCACCUUUCUCCAAUUGAUCGUGCCCAUGUGGAGAAGAUGAUUAACGCUUGGAAACGUACUGGCUUUCUGGACUGCCAUGCUAGAUAG